GUAACAUGAACUAAGUGUGGAUGCAGGGCCACACCGAAAACGAUGAGGCUCGAAAGAGCUCAACAAAUGAGCGUCUGGAGCGGCACAUGGCGUGGAAGCGGGACUUCUUCCGCUCCCGCUCCCCACCGCCGGCGAUUGGUCGUCUCCAUCGCCGACAAUCCGGUCAUAUGGGGGGGGCUCCCGUGCACAUCACCUUCCGACGCGCGCGCGAAAUCGCCUCUCACCAGUCCUCACCCCCCGACGCCCCGACGACCCCACCAGAGGACGAGGAGGGGCGCCAUCAGCGGUGGCUUCGGCAGAUGGGAGAGGAGCGCGCCCGCCGGAGUCCUUUUACCGAUCUGCAAAUUCGCUCCAACGCGCAGAAGACGGUGGUUAUGGCCAAUUUGCACCUCGACACCAUCGAGGAGGACGUCCGGCGCUUUGCUGACCAGUUCGGGCGAGUCGUGCAGGUCCGCAUUGUGCGGCACCGCCAGACCGGGAAAAGCCGCCGCUACGCGUUUGUGGAGUUUGGUCUGACAGGGGAGGCCAAGAGGGCAACCACAUAUAGUAAGAAAAAGCGCCUCAAAGGUCGCCCGAUUAUCAUAGACAUGGAGCGCGGCCGCACGGAGGUCGGCUUUCUGCCAAAGCGCUUGGCGGAGGCCGAGAGGUAUGCACACAACGGUACAGGUGGCGACUUUCAUGAAAACCCCCCAUCGCAACCGACAAAGACCAGCGUUUCAGGCCCCUCAACUAUGGUGAAGUCUGUUGAAUCCAACGAGUGCGACGAUGACGAUGCUUUUCUCAACGCUAUAUUAAAUAGCUAAACUGUCUUUUGUUUCCUAUAUAUAUGUUUCGUACGAGUGUGGAUUGGCGUGAAUUUGUUAUCUAACAUACAAAAAAAAAAGAGUAUCCAUUUUAUCAGACAAAGCCCAUGUUAGAUGUCCUUUCAGUACGGUUUUGAAACUUUCCACUUAAAUAAUGUCUGACUAUAAAUUGAUCGGAAUAAUCUAUACCG